AUGGCAUUUCUGGCGCUUUGGCUUUUUUUUUCGUCUAUAUUGUCUUUCCUCCUCUUCGUUGUUCUGCUUGCUUGCUUCCCCUUUGAAAAUUUGUACAUUUACGCAAUGUGA